UGGAGGUGGAGGGGUCGGAUCUUGCGAAGGUGGCAUGGAAGAUGAAGAACCUGAGGAAGUCGAUGUUGAAACCGAGGGUCCGAAUGCCGCAAGAGGUGAAUAUUUCGGUCUUCGCUGUACACCACGUGUCUCGAGAGAAUUGCCGAGUGACGGAGAAGUCUUGGUCGUGGUUGACCCGGAAAGUGCACCCGAUUCAUCGACAUUAGGUGACAGUGGCGAAGGAGGAGCGAAUGAGGAGGGCGGAGGGACUGCCUUUGUGGGACGAAGUACAGUGCGAGUUACAUUUGUUUCAGCAAUAGAGCAAGCCGGGGUUUCAGAGGCCGGAAGUGUUAAGGUCGCAUGAGGUGGCGAAGGAGUGGUUAGGAAUCUUGAUAAUUUCGGUUCUUCCCAUUCCGUUUUCAUUCCUCCGCGAACGUUCGUGGCUUCUUGCUGAGGCAAAGCGCGACCGUGAAGUCUGAUCUCCGAAUCUGGUUUCGGUAAUGCACGAUUGCUCUUGCUUAACAGACGGGUAGGAGGUGGGGGAUCAUCUAGCGCGUGCGUAUGAACGUUCGGCAUUGGUUUUCGGUUCGCAUUUGGUACCGUCUUGGUUUCAGGAGGAAAAAUCGGCGACGUGGGCGGCGACAGCUGCUGAUGCUGCUGAUGCUGCUGAUGCUGCGUGACACGCGAUACUUCUUCGCAGGAUGGCGUACUGACGGCCAAUCCUACAUAACGAUCCGUUUUUGACAAUCCACCUGCUGACCUUCCUAAUCUUUGCUGCUCUUGCCGUAUUUCCUGCCUCCUCGCGGGGCUGUCAAUGCCAUCUGCCACCACAGGUCGAGUUCGGACGUUUGACGCGGUUCUUCUUGCUUGCCCAGGUGCUCCCGAGCCGGUAUUUCCGUUCGCCGCUGUUGCAAAGCGUUCGUAUAGAGGUGCUGCAUGCGAAGAGGUAGGAGGAUGCGGCGCCUGCGCUGCAAUUGGCAUCGGUCCUGAGAUGCUAAUAGCGGCCGUCCCGCGUUGCGCAACGUCCGCAGUCGACUUCUUGCGACGAAACAUUUUCUUGACAAAUACACAGUACGAAAAAAGGGCGUAAUGCGCGCAGGACGACUAGAGCGGAGAACCGAGCAAGAUGAGCGUCGAACAGGGAACAGCCUCGAGCUUCACGUCAGUGUGAAUGCGAGUUGA